AUGACAGCUCAAGGGGAUUCUCCCACGCCAACAAGGGAUGGGACAUCCGUUGCAUCCGUAGAGGAAAAGCCGCCAAAGGCAGACACAAACAAGUCCACCAGUACACCAGAACAUGCGGGUGGCUUGAGGAGCUAUAUCAGGAUCUUCUCAAACGAGAGUGGCUCUUCCGUUGUGCAACUGACGACUAAUGCCAACCUGGUUAAUCAAGGAAUCUCCGAGAAGCUGGGCUUCGCGGUGCAGGGUACAGCUACCUUCGUGGCGGCAUUCAUCGUAGCCUUUGUGGUGCAGUGGAAACUAACUCUGAUUACAAUCUGUAUCGCCCCUGCCAUCCUGAUUGUGACAUCCGUCUGUGCCGGUAUACUCGUUAAACAGGAAAACCGAAUUCUCCACGUGAACUCCAUCGCCGGGUCUCUGGCUGAAGAGGUCCUCGCCAGCAUGAAGACCGUGCAUGCCUUUUCCGCCUUUUCCAAGUUGACGAGCAAAUACGAUGACCACGCAAAGGAAGCAAAACGUCUGGGCCUCACCCAAUCUCUUAACAUGGCCAUAUUAUACUCGGCGGAAUUUUUCUGUGUCUAUGCUGGAUAUGGCCUGGCCUUCUGGCAGGGAGUCCGCAUGUAUGCGAGGGGUGAGAUUAAUGAGCCCGGAAAAAUCAUCACCGUGAUCUUUGCUGUCAUCCUAGCUGCAACGGCAAUGACACAGAUCGCACCGCAGAUUAUUCAAGUCACCAAGGCAGCGUCGGCCGCGCAAAGUAUGUGGGAAGUGAUUGAUCGUGAUUCGCCAAUUGAUGGGCUGUCUCUGGAUGGUCAACGGCCUGACAAGUGUGAGGGCAAUAUUGAAUUCUCGAAUGUCUCCUUUUCGUAUCCCACCCGGCCCCAGAUCCCAGUUCUCCAUGAUUUCACACUGUCAAUCCCCGCCAACAAGACAACGGCGUUGGUUGGGCCUAGUGGCUCAGGUAAAAGUACAGUCACUGGACUGCUGGAGCGAUGGUACAAUACCCAGGAUGGCAUCAUCACGCUUGACGGGGUUGACAUACGACAACUCAGCAUCCAGUGGCUGAGGACUCACAUUCGCAUUGUUCAACAGGAACCAACACUCUUCAAUGCCACGAUCUUUGAAAAUGUAGCAUAUGGCCUAGCAGGAACGGAUUAUGCCAACGCGCCAAAGCAGGUCCAGAUUGAGCGGGUCAUUACAGCUUGCAAGGCUGCUUACGCCCAUGACUUCAUUGAGACAUUGCCCGAAGUCGGAGAGCGCGCCACAAUGCUUUCCGGCGGCCAGAAGCAGCGUAUUGCCGUUGCCCGAAGUAUCGUUUCUGAUCCCAAGGUGUUAAUCCUCGACGAAGCUACAAGUGCAUUGGACCCACAGGCCGAAAAGAUUGUGCAACAAGCCUUGGACAACGUUUCCGCAUCACGAACGACUAUCACGAUCGCACAUAAGCUGUCGACGAUCAGGAAGGCAGACCAAAUUGUGGUCCUGUCGCAGGGGCAGAUCGUUGAGAAGGGAACACAUGAAGAACUCCAGGCUGCAGGAGGAACUUACCAUCGCCUUAUAAAGGCCCAGGAUCUUGGUACCGUCGACAACGAUGGGCCGCUGCCUGAGAAGGAAAGAAAUGAAGGAAGCACUGGUAUCACCCCGGCCAUUUCCAGACAACAAGACCAUAGCAAAGAAACCCAGCUUGUUGAAAGAUUGAAGGCUCCGUCUGGACGUGGCCGUAGUCUGAUUCGGUGUCUGGCUAUACUGCUCCGGGAGCGCCGUGAACUGUGGUUUGAAUUUAUUGUCACAUUGGUUACCUGCGUUGUGGGAGGAGCGACAUAUCCGAUACUCGCAUUCGUAUUCGCGAAAGUUUUGGAUGUCUUCCAAAUACAACCCACAAGCAAGAUGGUGGAAAAGGGUGAUUUCUAUGCCCUUAUGUUUUUUGUACUUGCUCUUGUCAUCUUGGUUGUCUAUGGUGUUAUGGGCUGGGUUACAAACGUAAUUGCUCAUUGCGUUGUGUAUACGUAUCGUCUCGAGAUGUUCCGCGACUACAUCCGGCAAGACAUGACGUUUUAUGACCAGCCCCAACAUACGACUGGCUCUCUUGUCUCUGAUCUCUCUACAAAACCUAAUAGCUUACAAGAGCUGCUUAGUUUCAACGUUGGAAUCAUCAUCGUUGCCCUGGUGAACAUCACCGCCAGCUCUAUACUCUCUAUAGCGGUUGGAUGGAAACUGGGAUUGGCUGUACUCGCAGGAGCUAUGAUUCCAAUGGUAUUCUGUGGCUACCUUAGGAUUCGCCUGGAAUUUCGACUGGACGAUGCUACUUCGCAUCGUUUUUCUGAAAGUGCAGCAUUGGCUGGUGAGGCGAUGUCUGCGAUUCGCACCGUUGCAUCGUUGGCAAUCGAACGGGUGAUCUUAGAGAAGUACACUACCAAGUUAGCAGGUAUUGAGCGAAAGUCCAUCAAGUCGUUAACUUGGACGAUGUUCUGGCUAGCCCUUACACAGUCCCUCUCAUUACUCUCUGAGGCAUUGAGUUUCUGGUAUGGAGGUCGCCUGUUAUCGACAGGAGAGUACUCCAGCACGCGAUUAUACAUCGUCGUCAUCGGAGCUAUACUCUCCGGUGAAGCCGCCGCGUCAUUCUUCAUGUUCAGCACCAGCUUUACCAAAUCUCAGGGAGCAUGCAACUACAUCCUCUGGCUCCGUUCUCUGCAACCUGAUGUCCAAGAUGGACCUUCCGACAAUGGGUCCGGAGAAUCAAACGAUACGGCUGCCCGUGUGGAGUUACAGGACGUAGCAUUCCGGUAUCCUACUCGGCCUACCCGGCCGGUGUUAAACGAUAUCAAUGUUGAGAUUAACCCUGGCCAAUUCGUGGCCUUUGUCGGACCCUCCGGCCAUGGAAAAUCCAGCCUCAUCUCGCUUUUAGAGCGAUAUUAUAAUCCAACAUCUGGAAGCAUCCAACUUGACGGUUCAGAUAUCCGCGACAUGUCGCUCGCUUCGUACCGCAGCCAUUUAUCCCUUGUCCAACAAGAACCGGUCCUUUACCAAGGGACCAUCCGUGAAAAUAUCGCAUUAGGCCUUAAGGAAGAGGCGACCGAGGAACGGAUCUACGAGGCCUGUCGCCAGGCGAAUAUCUUUGAUUUCGUUUCCUCCCUGCCAGAUGGACUAGCGACAUCAUGUGGCUCGCGAGGAAGUCUUUUCUCCGGUGGUCAGCGACAGCGUAUUGCAAUCGCAAGGGCGCUUAUCCGCCGACCCCGUCUGCUGUUGUUGGAUGAGGCUACGUCUGCGUUGGAUACCGAGAGUGAGAGAAUUGUGCAGGAGGCCUUGGAUCAGGCUAAGGAUGGCCGGACGACCGUUGCGAUCGCACACCGAUUGUCAACUAUCAAGCAUUCGGAUCGCAUCUUCGUGCUGGUCGGGGGUCGGGUUCGGGAGCAGGGGACUCAUGAGGAGCUGCUCCAGCGCCGGGGGAUUUACUAUGAGAUGUGUCUGGGGCAGGCCUUGGAUAAAGCAGCCUAA